CUGCACUCUACUGCAGUGCCUGGCUGUGGUAGCACAUGGCGGCAUGACUUCAUGAGAGGCAGAUGUGUUAUGAAGAAACACUUUAACUACUUCGCCGUAUCUUUAGUUACAGUUACUAGUGGUUUGUAAGAGGCAUAUUUAAGUAAAAAUGUCGCAGUUACAGGCGAGGUUCUUCACAGAGGACAAAAGGUAUGUUAUAGAUGAUGUCCCAUUCUCCAUCCCUGCUGCCUCUGAAGUGCAGGACCUCAGUAAUAUCAUCAACAAGCUGCUGGAAGCUAAAAAUGCAUCUCACAGCAAAGUGGAGUUCGACUUCCUGGUCAGGGGCCAGUUCCUGCGAAUGCCGCUGUCCACUCACAUGGACACAGAAGGCAUAUCGACGGAAGAAGUGGUGGAGAUUGAGUAUGUGGAGCGGAUCACGGCUCCAGAGCCUGAGGAGUGCAUGAUGCACGACGACUGGAUUAGCUCUGUGGACGCAGAUGCUGAAUGGAUCCUAACAGGCUCAUAUGACAAGACAGCCAGGAUCUGGUCUGCUGAGGGCAAGGCGGUGAUGACAGUGGCCGGACACACGGAUGUGGUUAAAGAUGUAGCCUGGGUUAAAAGAGACGGUCUGACCUCGCUGCUUCUGACGGCGUCUCUGGAUCAGACGCUGCUGCUGUGGGAGUGGAACUCUGAGAGGAACAAGCUGAAAGCCCGACACUGCUGCCGGGGACACACGGGGAGCGUCGACACUGUCGCGACAGACCCGACCGGCUCAAAGUUCUGUAGCGGCUCCUGGGACAAAAUGUUGAAGAUCUGGUCAGCAGUGCCCACAGACGAGGCAGACGAGGUUGAAGAAGCUGGUGACAGACCGAGGAAGAAACAGAAGACUCAGCAGCUCGGUCUGACCAGGACUCCCCUGAUGACGAUAUCUGGACACAACGAGGCGGUGUCCUCCGUGUUGUGGUGCGACAGUGAGGAAGUGUGCAGUGCAUCAUGGGACCACACCAUUCGCGUGUGGGACGUUGAGACGGGAGGAUCCAAGACUACGCUGACGGGCAGCAAAGUGUUUAACUGUAUUUCCUACUCUCCUCUGUGUCGACGACUCGCCUCGGGCAGCACCGACAGGCACAUCCGGCUGUGGGAUCCUCGCACUAAAGACGGAGCGCUGGUGCUGCUGUCUCUGACCUCCCACACGGGCUGGGUCACCGCCGUGAAGUGGGCGCCGUCACACGAGCACCAGCUGGUCUCGGGUUCGGGUUCCCUUGACAACCUGGUCAAACUGUGGGACACAAGAAGCUGUAAGGCUCCUCUGUAUGACCUGGCGGCCCACGAGGACAAAGUCUUCUGUGUGGACUGGACAGAAAGCGGGCUGAUGUUAAGCGGAGGUGCAGAUAACAAGCUGUACACCUACAGAUACUCAGCCUGUCAGACGGAUGCGGGGGCGUAGUCUCUACAUGGACUGCAGAGAGCCUCCACGUCCCUCUCCAGAGACAUUAAGGACUCAGCGAUGGGAAAUAUCAGUAUUGUGACAGACGGAUGACAGCAGCAGAGGUUUCGAAUCUUGUACAGUACAACACUUUAUUCUUUGCUGUCCUGGUUAUUUUUACCCCUCUCAAUUUUUACACCUAUUUUCUUAAAGAUCGUCUUAUUUUCCCUGUAACUCAAGAAAAAUAUAAAUUAAUUUUGUCUCCUC